ACACGCGAAGUGCUUCCCCGCAGUAACCACAACACCAGUGGCUGUUCGGGCGAACGAACAUGGAAGACCGCGGCUGAGCGAUGGAUCCCCACCAAACUGACGUCUCGUUUGAAACACAUCUCUGUUGACGCGUUGAGGGAGAAUCUGUGAGGAGCGCCACGAGACCUCAACGUCGACCCAACGCGUCUGGCAAUCUGUACGGCCUAGCCCAACGCCUCCGCGUCAUGGCGGACACAAAACAUUCUCCCGCCCUGUCAGCGGGGCCGUCCUGGUCUCCCGAUUAUUGCAUGAAUCGGACAAAAAUUCCUCGCCGAUAUGUCCAGAUCCCUUCGGACCAGCGGAGUUUGUUAGAGCGCCAGGACGCUUGGUCCACUGGCGGCCUGCCCAACGUGCCUUCAAUUGUGUUGGAGGAUGUGAGGGAGCGCUUUGUUAAGAAACAAAGGUCGGGCGAUCGCCAUGCCAGGAAUCGAACACCGCGCGAUGAAGGAGAAGGAGGGCCACGCCCCUCGCAGCUUGCAUCUCCAACUCCUCUUUCGCAUGUUAACGCUCCUUCCUCCCAGCACAAAGUGUCGGAUAGCGAAGGUGUUUGGGAAACUAUCGGUUCUACCGUACCUCCUAGAGUGUUUGAGGACAUCGGACCCGGCCAUGGCCAGGUAGUCAAGUUGAGCGACGAGGAAGAGAAGGAAAUUCCGUUGCAGCCUGCAUCUCCGCUUCCUACUACUGGAAGGGGAGCGCAAGCCUCAUCACCCCCACCCCCCAAACACCGCGCCCACACCCCUGUGCACGGCGAAGUCGAACGGGGCGCAGAGGUCGAACAACCGUCCGCCGGAACCCCCUUGUCCUGGUCGCCGUCACCCUCAGGCCAUCUGCGUGCUGCCUGCCGGCCGGAUGCGCCGGCGCUCGCGGCCAGCACCGCUCCCAGCCGGCCUGCGCCGGAGCAACAAGGCCGUCCCGUUACAAACCAUCGUCUCUCUCCGACCAGGCUCUCUAUGGACUUCCCCCGCAGCAGCAGCUUUAGCUCAGAGGCAGGGCUGGAACUUGAGGUCCCCAAAGCCAUCACCGACGUCCUGGCGCCGGUCAAUCGACAGGCCGUGCCGGUCUUGGAACCUACUCCGCCUUCGGCUCAGGUCAUACCAUGUACGAAUACCGAGCGGACUAGUCCAGCCCGGAUGCCUCAGGCCAAGCGUCGUCGACUGAUGAAGAAGCCUGAUGCCGUGUUCGACAGCCCUAGUCCUGUUGGUAGAAGACAUGCGUUGAGGUUGUCGCUGCCCAAUGCUACGGCCAGAUGCUUAUCCCGGUCGACAAGCCCGGCCGUCUGCUCUUCACCUUCGGCUUCCACUGAACCGGUUCGCCUCGGCACGAAAACGUCACCCGUGCGGUUACCUGCAGCAUCAACUGAGCAGCCAGCCAUUGUUGCUCCCACCUCGCAGCGUGUCGACAACCAAAGGUCCAGCGAUUUAGCAGACAGCAUACUGCCACCAAUAGGUCUUGCGUCGGAAGUUUCGCUCAAAAUCUUCAGACUAGCCUACCCGGAUUAUCGGGGCAGUCUUGGCGACUUUAUACGAGGCAUCCUGUGUGUCUUGCAACUUCAGAAGCGCAGAGCUCUCCCUGAGUUUCUCUAUGACGAUUUCAUCCGCGUCUUCUCGGUCCACUAUCUCGAUUACAUCCGAGCAGUAGGCGAUGACGAGCCUCCGCUUUCGGCAAUCGAAUGGUACAACGAAAAUGUAGCCAGGCCGCUUUACAUCAAAGGCAUCCUCAACAAGAGCAACAUCGAAGGGGUCCUCACUCAAUACCCGGAAAAGCUUCGGGACAUCCAGCAACAACUCGAAACAUCCGAGACCAGCUCCCGCGGACGAGCGACCAGCGAGGCAACAGGCACUGCAAGAGAGGAAGCGCAACUGGUAAAACAACAAGCCACUGAAACGGGUGCCAUUCGUAUGCCUCCGCUGGAGGAUGUGACGAGAGUCCCCUCACUUGCCAAUUACAACACCGUGCCGUUCCAGAAACCGAUAGCCAGAACAGAGGCUCAGUCACGGGUGCAAAAAUCAUAUGACAUUGUGGCGGGACCCGAAAGCAGCGUCAACACUCAAGGAUCCGACCCGAGUCAUCUACCCAAUUUUGAGGCGAAUGGGCGGCGCGAAGAAGCAGUUAAUACUGCUUCUGGACCCAUGUCUCCGCAGUAUCAGGUGGCUUUGGAGAUUGAAACACCACAAACCUCGCAAGUGGCCGACAUCAAUCGACGUAUGACACACGCACCCCACAGCAAUGCGCUCUCGCAACACAGCAACGCAGACAGCAUACCCGAGGUGGCGACCAGGCAUAGGCUUGCACCUCGGGGGGCGGCGGGAUCGUCGGGAGAACCUGGCGGAACCUUCAGGCGCCCGAGGCGGAGAACGGAGAGAACGGAGAACGAAGAGCGAGCGCGUCAGUUCAAGAGAUUUCUCAUCCGUAGGUUCACGCAGGGUUCUGCGCCUGGUGGCUCUGCAGCAUCGUGAGAUGGAUUCGCGGAAGUCAUGUUGAUCGGAAAUCAGCUGGUGACCAUGAUUCCGGUAUGGAGAGGUAACCAGGACUUUGCAGGGAACACCACCUAGAAGACGUAUGUAAGCACGCGCGGUAUUGUGCUCGCCUCCUCGCUGAGGGAUAUCCGGCCGCGGAUGUUGUUGCCCAGAAGGAAGCCACGCGUUAUGCAGCGGAACAACGCGUAUAGAGUAUCGAGAAUCAUGCCACUUUACACGCGCUGACUGGAGGGUGUCAUUCUG